AUGUUCAACAGACACUACCAACUACUACUGUAUUCAGAAAAUGAGCUAUAUAACCAAAAUUGGGUGUUUCCUGGGCCAUAUGGACAUGAAAAAGAAACUGGGUUUGAUUUAAAUGAAGCUAAUAGCAAAGUGAUUUUGGUUGUUAGUGAUGUGAAAAACAAGGGUGGAGAUGUGAUUCAUCGUUUUAGGUUUGAAUUGCUACCUGGGUUUGUUGAUUGGAACAAGCUUGACCACUGGAAGGAUGUUAAGAAUUGGGAACCAAAGAGAAUUGGGGCAUUGGUGUUGUAUGUUUGUGUUGUGAUCAUUUCAUUUCAAAGGGUGUAUAUGGCUUUUAAAGCUCCUCGGAUAGCUCAAAUCAAGCAGGACUUAAUUGAGGCUUAUAUGGAGGCAGUAAUCCCUGAGCCAUCUCCAACUAAUAUCAAGAGAGCUGUUGCUGGUGUUGCUACCAGAGAAGCUACAACAAUGAGGGAAAUGAAGAUGAUCUUUGAAAUAUCUGCACUUAAGCUGGGGAUGUUCGCAUUCCGUGUCCAACGUGAUUCAUAUGUCCACUCCCAAUUGAUAUGUAGAUUGAUGUGGCUGAGUCAUGCUCUUGAAUCUCAGAUUAUGGUAGGUAGUUCCCAUAGGAAGGAGUAG